AUGCCACUCUAUGCCAAGUUCCUGAAGGAGCUGAUGACUAAGAAGAGAAGCGGGAAGAACAAUAAGACUGUGAUACUAACUGAAGAAUGUAGUGAUAUCAUCCAGCACAAACUACCCCAGAAGUUGAAGGAUCCUGGGAGCUUUCAGAUCCCUUGUAUUAUAGGGGAAAUCACAGUAAAGAAGGCCCUUUGUGACUUAGGAGCCAGCAUCAAUUUGAUUUCAGUAGCAAUGAUGAGGAAGAUGAAGAUCGAGGAGGCUAAACCAACAAAAAUGGCCUUACAACUGGCAGAUCGAUCGUUCAAAUUCCCUUAUGGCAUAGUAGAGGAUUUGUUGGAAGAAGCCAAAACCUCCAUUAUUCUGGGAAGACCGUUCUUGGCUACUGCUGGAGCUAUCAUUGAUGUCCAAAAAGGUAAUCUUACCUUGAGAUUACACAAUGAAAAGAUGACAUUCAAUGUGUUCAAGGCCAUGAGUUACCCACCAGAAUAA